GUUAGCAAUAUGACUAUAAUGUAUACGUUAAAGAACGUAAUAGUGAUAUUGCAACAAUUGUGCCAUUAUUAUGUACUAUACAUGGAGAAGAGAAACCUGAAUAAGCAAUGUAGCAAAAUGGAUGUGUCGAAUAUCAGUAUUAUUUCUCAAGGUGAUAUGUACAGAGAUAUAAGAAUGAGAAAUGUGAGAUAUAUCAACAGGCCGAAAAAUCAACGUGUUAAGGAUGUAGGAGCAAAUAAUAGUGCGAUCGGAGAUUUGAAUGAAGAUAAGAUCAAUUCUCUCCCCAAAAAUGUCGUUCCUUCUAAACGAAAAAAUCGUUAUGGUGACUCUGGAUAUUCAACAGGCAAGCCUCAACAUUCUAGCAAUCACGACAAAUUGUAUCGGGGUGGAAAGAAAAAGUUAUCGCUCAGAAUGAAAACUAGAUAUGAUACUUCUGAUAAAGGACAUAGCAAAAUAGUGGACGAAACAUCUUCCCAGAAAAACGAGAUGAAAUCGACAAGCACUAAAAACAACGAUGAUUCGGAUAACAUCUGCAGUCAAGAGUUGGAUAAUGAAAAUAGUACUCCUACCGAGGAGUCUUCUGAAUAAAAAUAAAAUCAAUGAAGGAAAUAAA